AGAUAGAGAAGCCAAAAGUGAUUAGGACUUUUUGAGAUAGAGUUAAAAAAGAAUCAAGAUUAUAGAAAGAGAAAAUAUAACAAACUAUAUUAGUGUUGAACAAAACUUCCAACUCCUCAUCAUCAUAUAUAUAACCAAAAAAGAAGAAGAAAGCAUGCUUUGUCUGCCAUUAAAGCUUCAAUGAAGAACUCAUAUAUGUCCCUUCAAUUCACCUAAAGAUCCUUUUUACUAUCAUUGCCAUUUGGAAAAGAAAUUGGCUUUAUGUUAUUUUUCUUGAAUACUACUACUACUACUGCUUUCCUAUUGAUAAUUAAUAAAAUAAAAGGGGUUUCUUGAAUCAGUGCAUUUGAAUUUUUCCAGUUCUUUUUUUUUUCUUGGCUUGUGCUUAAAUAAAGGUUGAAUCUUUUUCACUUUUUUUCAAACCCCUUUUCAAAAUCUUGUAUGUAUAUAGGAAGAUCCCCACCAUUCUUGGAAAAAGGUUGGAGGUUCUUGGUUUUAGAUAUAGUAUAAAUAUAAAUCAUUGAUGAAUUUCUUGGUAUUUGGUCUCUCAUCUUCUAAAGGAAUCACUUGAGAGUUCUUUGAUUGUCUUUGCUUUUUUUGGGUGUUUGGUGGAUUUCAGCUAUUUUUGACAAGGUGAUGGACUCAAUAGCCUAAAGGUCAAGCUGAGACUUUUGACUUAUUGAAAGUUGUUGUGAUGUCUGGAGUUUUUGAAUCAAGAAGUGGUUUGGUUCUAAUUUGGAUAAGUGCUUUGGUACUGCUGGUUUAUCCUGCAGAAGGAUUGAAUGAGGAAGGAAUGUAUCUGUUAGAUUUGAAGAAGAAUAUAUGGGAUCAGUUUAACCAUCUUUGGAAUUGGAAUUCCAAUGAUGAAACUCCAUGUGGUUGGGUAGGUGUGAAUUGCACUUCUGAUUAUAAUCCAGUUGUGCAAUCUCUUUUUCUUAGCUCUAUGAAUCUUUCAGGCACUUUGAGUUCUAGCAUUGGUGGUCUUGGAUCUUUAACUUAUCUUGACCUGUCUUUUAAUGGAUUCACUGGGAAUAUUCCUAAAGAUAUUGGUAAUUGCUCAAACUUGCAAUCCCUAAAGCUCCAUGAUAAUUCCUUUUACGGGCCGAUUCCUGCUCAAAUUUAUAACUUGUCUAAGUUAGAGUAUUUGGAUUUGUCCACCAACAUGAUCUCUGGUCCUAUAGCCGAGGAGUUUGGGAAACUCUCGUCUCUAGUUUCUUUUGUUGCAUUCACCAAUAAUCUUACUGGUCCAGUGCCUCGAUCUAUUGGAAGUUUGAAAAGUUUGACAACAUUUCGAGUGGGGCAGAAUUCACUUUCUGGAAGUUUACCGACAGAGAUAGGUGAUUGUGAGAGCCUGGAAUCUCUUGGCCUAACACAGAAUAGUUUGGGAGGGAACUUACCUAAAGAGCUCGGCAAGCUCAGUUGGUUGAAAGAACUUGUACUUUGGGGCAAUCAAUUCUCUGGAUUUAUUCCAAAAGAAGUUGGAAAUUGUACACGACUUCAAUUGCUUGCGUUAAAUCAGAAUAACCUGAUUGGAGAUAUUCCUCCUGAAAUAGGUAAACUCAAAGUUUUGACGAGGUUAUACCUAUACCGGAAUGGGUUAAAUGGUACCAUUCCAAGGGAGAUUGGGAAUCUUUAUAUGGCAGAAGAAAUUGAUUUCUCCGAAAACUUUCUAAUAGGAGAAAUUCCAGUUGAGUUUGGCCAAAUAAAGAAGCUGAGAUUGUUGUAUCUUUUCCAGAACCAGCUCAAAGGCGUUAUACCAGACGAACUUACUAGUUUAAAGAACUUGACUAGUCUUGAUCUGUCAAUUAAUUACCUAACAGGCCCUAUUCCAUUUGGAUUUCAGUAUCAAACUGAAUUGGUUCAGUUGCAGCUUUUUGAGAAUUCUUUAACAGGUACUAUUCCACAAGGUCUUGGCAUUUAUAGUCAACUUUGGGUGCUUGAUUUAAAUAACAACCACCUCACAGGAAGAAUUCCUCCAUUCGUUUGUCGGAAUUCCAAUCUGUUUUUGCUGAAUCUUGGGUCAAAUGAAUUGCAUGGAGGCAUUCCGUCUGGUGUUCUUAAUUGUGUUUCAUUGGUUCAACUGCGUCUUAAUGGUAACAGGCUAGGGGGGUCAUUUCCUUCUGAGUUGUGCAAAUUGGAAAACCUCUCUGCUGUUGAACUCGGGCAGAACAAGUUCACUGGUCCAAUACCUCCUGAUAUUGGAUAUUGCCAGAAGUUGCAGAGGCUUGAUCUCUCAGGCAAUAGUUUCAGCGAGUUGCCAAGGGAGAUAGGAAAUCUUACCAAGCUUGUGACUUUCAAUGUCUCGGCUAAUUUGCUCACUGGACCGAUACCUCCAGACAUUCUGAACUGCAAGGGACUACAACGACUUGAUCUCAGCAAGAAUAGCUUUACAGAUGUUAUACCUGAUGACAUCGGUAGCUUGUCGCAGCUAGAACGCCUUUUGCUUUCAGAGAAUAAGUUUUCUGGAAAGAUACCAGCAGCAUUGGGGAGCCUCUCUCAUUUGACUGAGCUGCAAAUGGGCGGGAAUUUAUUGUCAGGUGAAAUACCAUCAGAGUUGGGUAAUAUUAGUGGCUUACAGAUUGCAAUGGAUCUUAGCAACAACAAUCUCUUUGGUAGUAUACCACCUAACCUUGGUAAUCUUAUCCUAUUAGAGUACCUCUAUCUCAACAACAAUCAUCUGAGUGGUGAAAUACCGAGCACAUUUGGGAACCUGACAAGUCUGUUGGGCUGUGAUUUCUCAUACAAUAACCUCACUGGACCAUUGCCUGAUAUACCGCUCUUUCAGAACAUGGAUGUGAGCAGCUUCACCGGAAACAAAGGUCUUUGUGGGGGGCCCUUAGGCAGAUGUAAUGCACCUCCAGCAUACGACGCCAAUCCUCCUCGAGUCAAAAGUGCAGAUUCUCCUAGAGGAAAGAUUGUUACUGUUGUUGCUGGUGUAAUUGGUGGAGUUUCUCUUGUCUUGAUUGUGCUAAUAUUAUACUACAUGAAGAAGCAUCCAGUUGAGAUGGUUGCAACCCAAGAUAAAGACGUAUCGUCUCCAGAUUCGGAUAUUUAUUUCCGUCCAAAAGAGGGAUUCACUUUCCAAGACUUGGUUGAGGCUACAAGCAAUUUUCAUGAUUGUUAUGUUAUUGGAAGAGGAGCUGUUGGAACAGUUUACAAGGCUGUCAUGCAGUCCGGACAAAUAAUUGCAGUGAAGAAGCUUGCUUCUAACAGAGAGGGUAAUCACAUUGACAAUAGCUACCGUGCUGAGAUCUUAACACUAGGAAAGAUUAGGCAUCGUAACAUCGUAAAGCUAUAUGGCUUUUGCAAUCAUCAGGGUUCUAAUCUACUUCUUUAUGAGUAUAUGGCCAGAGGUAGCCUCGGCGAAUUGCUUCACAGUGCAUCGUGUAGCUUGGACUGGCCGACUCGCUUUUUGGUGGCUGUUGGUGCUGCUCAAGGACUUGCUUACUUACAUCAUGAUUGCAAGCCACGGAUCAUCCACCGUGAUAUAAAGUCCAAUAAUAUUCUGCUUGAUGACAAGUUUGAAGCUCAUGUUGGUGAUUUUGGUUUGGCAAAAGUCGUGGAUAUGCCUCAAUCUAAGUCGAUGUCUGCAGUUGCUGGUUCAUAUGGCUACAUAGCCCCUGAAUAUGCUUACACCAUGAAAGUUACGGAAAAAUGUGAUAUCUAUAGUUACGGGGUAGUCCUUUUGGAGUUGCUAACCGGAAGAGCACCAGUACAGCCCCUAGAACAAGGUGGUGAUCUCGUUACAUGGUCGAGGCAUUAUAUUAGAGAACAUUCGUUGACAUCGGGGAUACUUGAUAGCCGAUUGGAUUUAGGAGAUGAAACUACUGUUAGUCAUAUGCUCACAGUACUAAAAGUUGCUUUAAUGUGUACUAGUAUGUCGCCAUUUGACCGUCCUUCAAUGCGCGAGGUUGUUCCGAUGUUGAUUGAGUCUGAUGAGCAAGAAGGGAACUUCCUCUCAUCUCCAGUUUAUGAUCUCCCUUUGAAAGAUAAUUCCUUUUAGAUGCAUGUAAGAAGCAUAUCUCAAUUAACUUUGGUAAAUUUUUUAGAGCUAAUUCUCCUUACUAUAUUUUUUUUCUUAUUGUUAAAUUAUAGAUAUUACAAUGUAUAUUUCUUAUUAUAGUGAAAAUUUCAUCACUCACUUUGUA